AUGAAGGCGUUCAUUGUGUUCUCUAUGGCUCUGGCCCUUGCCAGCGCGGCGGCAGUCGACGAUUCGAAGAAGGAAAAGCGAGGACUGUUCGAGCUGGGAUCGUCUCAACAGGAAUCGUACGAGACUUACGGCUAUGACCAUCAGCAAUCCCACGGAUACUACGGUAACGACUACUCCGAGAAGGAAGUGAAGCAGGUCAUCACGAAGAAGGUCCCGGUACCUUAUCCAGUGGAGGUCGAGAAGCACGUUCCGGUCGAGGUGAAGGUCCCGUACCCAGUGGAGGUUGAGAAGAAGGUUCCAGUGUACGUCGAGAAGAAGGUUCCCGUGUACGUUGAGAAGAAGGUCCCAGUCCAUGUGGAUCGUCCCUACCCAGUGGAAGUAAAGGUCCCAGUCCAUGUCCCAGUCUACCAGAAGGAAUACGUCGAGGUCCCGAAGCCAUACGCAGUUCAUGUCGAUAAGCCCUACCCGGUGUACGUGAAGGAGCCAGUGUACGUCGAGAAACCAGUUCAGUUCACUGUUCUUGUGAAGAAGGAGCACAAGAAGCCAUUCUUCGACAAGUCACAGACAGCUUGCAUGCAGAUAAGACUUGACAUCAUUGUUGAGGUUUUUAGGAUGAACCUGGUGUUCAUUGUGUUUUCUAUGGCCCUGGCCCUUGCCAGCGCGGUGAUCGGCGAAAGUCCGAAGAAGGAAAAGAGGGGACUGUAUGAGCUGGAAUCGUCUCAACAGGAAUCGUACGAGACUUACGGCUAUGACCAUCAGCAAUCUCACGGAUACUACGGUAACGACUACUCCGAGAAGGAAGUGAAGCAGGUCAUCACGAAGAAGGUCCCAGUGCCUUAUCCAGUGGAGGUCAAGAAGCACGUUCCAGUCGAGGUGAAAGUCCCGUACCCAGUGGAGGUUGAGAAGAAGGUUCCAGUGUACGUCGAGAAGAAGGUUCCGGUGUACGUUGAGAAGAAGGUCCCAGUCCACGUUGACCGCCCUUACCCAGUGGAAGUGAAGGUCCCAGUGCAUGUCCCAGUCUACCAGAAGGAAUACGUCGAGGUCCCGAAACCAUACACAGUUCAUGUCGAUAAGCCCUACCCGGUCUACGUGAAGGAGCCAGUGUACGUCGAGAAGCCAGUCCCAUUCACGGUUCUUGUGAAGAAGGAGCACAAGAAGCCUUUCUGGGGCUAA